AUGCCUCCCAUCAACUCCCCCAUCUCGGCCGAAGAGCUCCACACUCUGUCCACCAAGGCCAUCGAGGCCAAGACCGCCGCAUACUGCCCGUACUCCAAAUUCCGCGUCGGCGCAUGCAUUCUGACCGCGUCCGGUGACUUUGUCGUCGGAGCUAAUAUCGAAAAUGUCGCCUAUCCCGUAGGAACCUGUGCGGAGCGCGUCGCUUUCGCCACGGCUAUUGUUGCCGGCCACAAAGAGUUCCGCGCUAUUGCCGUUGCCACUGACAUCACGCCUGGAGCUUCACCCUGUGGAAUGUGUCGACAAUAUAUGCGAGAAUUCACCACUCCUUCCUUCCCUAUAUACAUGUAUGACGGACAAGGGAACUAUGUCAUGAAGACGAUGGGCGAGUUGUUGCCAAACUCGUUCGGGCCCGAGGAUCUGCCCAAAUAA